GGCUUGAUCUGCUUUAGAAAAUUAGCAACACCCAUAAUUUGGAACCCUACCAUGAGACGGUUUUUAACAUUGACCAAACCCGACAAGACCUGGAGAAGUAUAGCUGCCUAUUUAGGAUACGAUCCAAUCGAGGGUAAACACAAAGUUGUAUGCUUGCCUGGUGAUAAAAUCUGGGAAGACUGUCGGGUUUUAACAUUGGGAUCAGGUCAAGAACAAUGGAGAAGCAUCAAAACCAGCCUUGACCAUCAUCCUUAUACUGAUAGUUAUGGGAGAUGUAUCAAUGGGGUUCUGUAUUAUAAAGCCGGUAUUGAUAAUCUGCCAGGACAGUCACAAGCGGUUAUAAUGAGUUUUGAUGUCAGAUCUGAAAAGUUCCAUGCAAUAACAUUACCAGUGGAUACUAUUGGGGGGUUGCUGAUAGCUUAUGAGGGAAGAUUAGCUUUAGUUCAUAGUGAUUACGUGAACAAUGGUAUUACAUUUUGGGUUUUGGAGGAUGCAGAGAAACACAAGUGGUCGGAUAAAUCUUUUCUGGUACCUUUCAGUCACACUGAUCCGGUUUUGAAAGCGAAAUUCAAACUAAGUGGUAUCACUGAUACUGGUGAGUUUAUUUAUCUACCAUCCACGUUUCUUAGAUCGUUUUACAUUAAAUAUUAUGAUCCGGAGGGAAACAGCUUCAGAACGGUAGAAUUUAAAGGAGUCGCGGACCGCGAAUUUAGGCACAAGAGUGGACUUGGAAACCGUCGUGUUUAUGCCCUCCAGACUUUCCCAAAUCACAUGGACAAUCUCAUGUCUCUUUGUAACACUUGAAACAUUUUCUUUUGUUUUUUUCCCUUAGUUUAUGCAAUUUUAUGAUUUUUAUCUUUUUAUUUGUAAUUUGCAAGCAUUCUCAUUAUGUUAUCAUUCAUUGAUUUGACGUUAUCUUGUCGUUUUUAUUACCAAGUUCUUUUGCUCAAAGGGAAACAAUUACAAAACAUGAAUGCACAAGCAUACCUUCUUUCUGAUGAUCAGAUGAAUAGUAGCUUUUACUGACUAACUAGUAAAAUAUGGAGGUAAAC